AUGGUAAAUAACCGUGGGAUCGAAGCUAACCCAGAGAAGAUAAAGGCCAUGCUCGAGAUGGAAGCACCCAAAACACUAAAGCAGCUCCAAUGUYUCAAUGGAAGGAUUGCAGCUCUGAAUAGAUUCGUCUCGAGGUCAACAGAUAAGUGCCUUCCUUUCUUCAAAGUCCUAAGAAAGAAGGGACCAUUUGAAUGGACGACAGAGUGCGAGCAAGCACUGGAACAAUUAAAGAACUAUCUCUGCUCGGCACCUCUGCUCGCUAAGCCAUUGCCGGGAGACAAGCUCCACUUGUACCUGACGGUGUCUGACAGCGCCGUCAGCUCGUCCCUAAUUAAACAGGAGAGAGUAUGCCAAAGUCCCGUUUAUUACACGAGUAAGGCCAUGACCGAGGCCGAGACCAGAACUGCGUUAAAGGGGCAAGCAGUCGCAGACUUCAUCGCAGAGCUUACUCCGCUGUCUCUGUCUGCUGAGCCUGACCUCCCGUGGACAAUCUACGUUGACGGAUCUUCCAACGAGAGAGGGUGUGGAGCAGGAAUCCUCUUGCUCGCAUCAGGCGGUGUGCAGUUCGAGUAUGCCCUGYGAUUCAACUUCCUGACUUCAAAUAAUGAGGCCGAGUACGAAGCGCUUCUAGCAGGACUCCGCAUUGCCAAAGGACUGGGGGCCACCCACAUUAAGGUCUUCAGCGACUCCCAGUUAGUGGCAAAUCAAAUCAAGGAGGAGUAUCAAACAAAAGACUCACGGAUGGAAAAGUAUUUAAGUAAAGUCAGAUCGCACCUCGCCCAGUUCAAAACUUACGAGGUGAAUCAAGUUCCGAGAUUAGAUAAUUCAAACUUAGAUGCCUUAGCCAAAUUGGCGUUGCCAUACGAGACCGAUCUAGCGAGAUCGGUCCUGGUCGAAAUCUUGGAUAAUCCUUCAAUUUUGGAACCAGACAUGAUGGAUAUUGAUAUGCCAACGUCCUCAUGGAUGGAUCCAAUUGUGGAGUACAUCAAAGGAAAUCCGCCGCAAGAAUCAAAAGAACACAAGAUGAUGGCACGAAGAGCAGCUCGAUUCAUACUUCGGGACAGAGCAUUAUACCGACGUGGAUUCUCCCUACCUCUACUCAAGUGUGUGACUUUUGAAGAAGGGAAUUACAUCCUUAAAGAAAUUCAUGAAKGAGUGUGUGGGAACCACUCURGAGCCAGAUCAUUAUCGGCCAAAGUGGUUCGACAAGGGUAUUAUUGGCCCACCCUCGAUCAGGAUGCGAAGCAGUUUGUGAAAACUUGUGACAACUGCCAACGCUUCGCAAACAUCAUCCAUCAGCCUCCCGAACUGCUCACCCCCAUCUCAGCCCCAUGGCCAUUCGCGCAGUGGGGGGUGGACAUUGUCCUUUUCCCCUGGGAAAAGGACAAACCAAGUUCGCUGUUGUCGCUGUGGACUACUUCACUAAGUGGAUCGAGGCCGAGACAACGGAAAGCAGUUCGACAACGCAAGAUUCAAAGACUUUUGCAGAAAGUUGAAUAUAAGUCAUCUCAGCUCGUCCCAGCGCAUCCAAAACCAAAUGGGCAGGUUGAAGCGAUAAACAAAAUCAUAAAGURUGGACUCAAGCUGAGAUUGGACUCCAGAAAGGGGAGAUGGGCCGAGGAGCUACCCGAAGUACUGUGGUCAUAUCGGACUACCCCAAGAGAGUCAACCGUCGAAAUGCCAUUCUCACUGGCCUUUGGCUCUGAAGCUGUUGUCCCAGUCGAGAUCGGCAUGCCAACAGACAGGGUAGAGUAG